AUGGCUGUUCAAGAAACGUUCAAAAGCUUAACGGAGGUCUCCGUUGGGCAUUUUAACUCUGGAUUCACUCCACAGAUACCAACCAAUACUUCAGAUGUCACCAUUAUGCAGGCACCCGCAAAUAUUCAGGGCAGUCUUCAGUCUCUUAUGUCUACCAGUGUAUGCUUUACUAUCAUUUCUGCGUUUUCAAUUUUUCUGAACAUUAGUUUGAUUAUCGAUUUGAUUGCGAAACUCGUCCAUUGGAAAAGAAACAGACGAGAUCCAAUAUCAUCAUCUAAGGCUGUAAAAAUAUUUUUUAAUAUCUGCCUAUAUUUAAUUCUUUGUAUCAUGUAUAAUAUCAUAAUGUACGUAAUCGAAUGUGAUAUAAAGAACCACUACAUACUCUUUAGAUGGAUUUAUGGCAUAAACAUUGUCGUGCAAUCCACUGUGAUAAUUGUGAGCUGCGCAAUGUGUGCGCUUUCCAUUCAAAUAUUUAGAAAUAUUUGGCAUUUAUUGGUAAUUAUAUCAGUUACAAGUGCUUACCUAGUUUGUUUCGUUUUAGAAAUACUGAUUGAGUCCAGACUCUUUCUUAAUCUAACCAACUCAAUAGGCUAUUCUAUAAUGUUUAGCUUAUUCGACUUGUUUUUUAGAUUCUUAUUUACAUUCAUAUCGGUGUCCUUACUUUUAGAGCAAGAUAAUACUUCUACUCAAGUACGAUAUAAUGGUGAAAGGGUGUUCAUUAAUUAUCCAGAGCCUAACCCCCACGAACUAUUAGCUAUGUUUGGUCCUCCUCCGCCACAAUAUAGUAGUACAGUUAAACGUGUGCGAAGCAGUCAAACUACUAGAACAUCAGAGGCUGGAAGCAUUUCAGAAGAUGAAGACUAUUAUCCGCCUGGAUAUACCGAUAGCUAG